GGCUCUAGAAGAAGACGGAAAAAGAAUCGAGCCUUCCGUUUGAAAGCCGCGGUGUUUUUGUUUUAAGUGUCAGUGUUUGUUUCCGUAAAAAAAAGUUUCACUAGCAUCUCAAACACAAUGGGAAUCGAAGAAGAAGCGGACCGAACUCUUUUUAUUCGAAAUUUGGACACCAGAGUGACGGAAGAGCUUCUGUUUGAGCUGUUCUUACAGGCUGGACCUCUCGUCAGAACUAAAAUUCCCAAAGAUUCGGAUGGAAAACAGAAAACAUUUGGCUUUGCCGUCUACAAACACGAGGUGUCCGUGCCUUAUGCAAUGCAACUUCUAAAUGGAACUUCCCUGUAUGGGAAAACCAUCCAAAUCCAGUUCAGAACGGGUAGCAGUCAUGGCAGUCCAGGAAAUUCACAGAAUUCAAGUCCAGCAAACACCCCAAAUCCUCAUGGCCAAAGGAAUCCAACCCAGUUCAGUUCUCCACCCUAUACUCCUCCACACCAAAUGCAGAGAUCAUUUUCUUCUCCUGAGAGUCUCCCAAAGCAUGCCAUGAGAAACAACAUGUGGCAGCUCCAUAUGCAGCAGCUUGAGCAGCUCAACGGCGCCUUUUCUAAAUCGGCCCAGCAGCAGUCUGGUGGAAGUUCGAGACGCGGGGACUUAAGGCAACAUGACGGCGAUCACAAUAGGCAUCAUCCAUCCCAGAUGAACAGCGGUGGGAGGAGUCAGCGCCAUGGAGACGAGCACGGCUCUGGUCGCCGUCAGCACCACGGCCGGGACAACUACUACCAUCAGAAUGACAGGAGCGGUGGCAACCGUCAAUACGACAGCCGAGGUGGAAACAGACAUUAUGACGAAUGGGCUGGGAACCGUGGCCAGAGAGAGCAUGAUAACAGAUGGCGACGCUACUGAGUUACAUUUAAGAUUUUUGAUAAAAAUUGAGUUCUUCACAUUUUUUGUGAACAUUUCUUUUAAGAAAAUCUGAAUAUGUUAAAUCAUAGUUUUGUAAAUGAUCUUACAAGGUUGAAGAUUUAAUAACUCAGGCCUUUAAAGCCUCUUUUAAAGGUGUUUUUAAAUUGAAACAUUUCUGGGUUUUUUUCCUCGCUGUUAUCAAUAUUUGGAAAGUGAUUUGAGCAAAACAAGAUUUAUUGACUGGAAGUGAAUUUUGGACAACAAACUUAAAAAAAAAAAAAGAGACUUCAAAAGAUGUAAGAUAUGAACCGGUUUUAUGUUUAUGCAAAAAAUUUCAACGGUGCUCCUAAUAAUGGAAAGAAGUUUUCAGGUACUUUACAGAAAAGAACAUCAAAUUAAGCUAUAGAUUUCACCAGCAACAUUGAAUCACAGACAGGGCACCACCCUUUUUGAAUUUUUAGAUCAACCUUGCUCUUUCCGGCAAAUGGGCUUUGUUUUACUUUUAUGUGGAUUUUAUUUUUUAACCUCCGAUCUGUAAAACAUUCUGUUUUAAAAUGAACACUUUCACUAUAAAGCUCUUUUCACUUGA